CACAGCGCGUUAUGGCUCAGUUGCGUGUGGACGCACCACGGAUGUGGACAAGAAUUCCAGCGUUCGGCGCUUAAAUGCCGCAAAGUGCGUGUUUUCAGCUUAGUGCGCUUGCAAUUUGUGCAUGUGUAUGUGAAUGUGUGUGUUCGUGAAUACUCUUCGAGCAGCAAUCCUUAAAGAAACGCGCUAUUUUAUCAGAUAAAUUGUGGUUUGAAGCCUCAAAGUGAACACACAAAUAAUACAAAAAAUUAUAAUUAAAUGUAGCGCUAAUAAAACUGUUAGAUAAUAGCGGCACGUUUCCUCUGUAUAAUAAUAAAAAUCAAGAGCAUAUACGACAACUGCAGUGCUGUAAGCAAAUCUACGGAAAUAAGUAUCACAUAUCCUCGUUUGAUUGCUGAAAAAAUCGCAUGCGAUAAAUAUAUACAUACAUGUACCAUUACUUAAAGCUAUAAACCGACAAAUAUAAGUAAAGUCGCUACUACCCUUCAAACCAGUAAAAUUAUCAAACGGCGUCAUCACAAGCGCGUCAGCAGCAUGUCAAAGAAGCUCUUCAUUCUCGUUUUAACGGUUGCGCUGGUGGCAACAAUAUUUGUUAAUAGUGUUAGGAGCUCCGCAGUGUUGAUCUCUGAUAACGCCAUGUCGGUAAUGGUAGAGCUUUCCUCGCGGCAUCCAUUCUGCAAAAUGCAUACUGAUCGUGGUGAUAUCCAACGUAUGCUGCUGCAAUCGGAUCCCAGACGCAUCCGACAGGUACCGCGCGAAUCGGUUAUGGAGCUAGAGGAAGUUUGCUUAAAAUCCGGCUCGUAUGGGCGCGAGUUUCGUGGAGGCUUGGGUUUUAUCUAUCCCGGCACGAAAUGGUGUGGACCAGGCACCACCGCUGACGAUUAUAAUGAUUUGGGUCCGCAUGUCGCCGAAGAUCGCUGCUGUCGCGAACACGAUCACUGUCCGAAUGUAUUGAAUGUGGGCGAGUGCCGUCGCGGCCUCUGCAAUACCGGCACUUUCACGCGUUCGCAUUGCGACUGUGAUGCACGUUUGCGCAAAUGUUUACAAUCGCUCAAUACAGAAACGGCUAACACGCUCGGCGCGAUAUUCUACAACGUGGUCCAGGUGACUUGCUUCCAAGAGCGCAGUCCAUGCUCGGCGCACCAAAGGGCCGGUUAUAAUAAAACGGAACAAGAUACUAUUUGCGCUCAGUGGCAAUAUCAACCAUCCGAAAAAUAUGUACCCAGUGCACCAGGACGCACUUAAAACAUUUAUACAGAGCAAAAUAAUGAAGAUGAGCGAUAUCGAUGGAGCAACAGAACAACAGAACAACGAAACUUUCAGCAAUUAUCUCAACUUAUUUACUAAAAAUAUAUAAGUACCUAAUUAUACAUACAUACAAUAUACCUGAUUACAAGUGAAUGCAAAUUUCUUAAAGCAAACAAACAAGUAGAAAAUUACGCCAAAUGAUGUCGUGAAGGAAACGAGACGAGAGAAAGUAUUAUUAAAUCUUAUUAAUAUAAAAAUAUUAAUUUUUAUUUGUAAGCAGGUGGCAACGCUAAAUAUUUUAAUAGCACGUAUU